UAACGAGAAGACCUUGUCCUCUUAUUCUAUCCUGUUGUUCUUUGUUGCAGAUAACACAAUCAUCAUCUUUGAAAACCCCAACUGAAGCAGCUGCAGUAGUAAACUAGUAAUGGCUACUCUCUCUACAUUUUCAACUCUCCCUUUUGUUCCCAGAACUACCCCUUCAAUUUCUCCCUCUAAUUCCAACACCCUUUCUUUUAAAUACCCCCAAGUUGUGAACUUUAACAAUUUCAGGGGCUGUAAAGUAUCAAGAUUACCAAGAUUGAGCAAGAUUAGAGCUUCUGUUGUUGAAGAACAAGAAACCCUUAUUCCAGAUGAGCAAGCUGCUGAAGCUUCUCAGCCCUCUGUUUCUGUCUCUGUUUCUCCUUCUGAUGUUCUCACCAUGUUCUUUCAGGCUGAAGGAACCAUGCCCGAAACAGCUAUAUCUUCUGUUUCUCAGGCUUUAGAGGAAACUGAAGGAAUCUCAAAUUUAAAAGUGCAAGUUCUUGAGGGUAUUGCAACUGUGGAGUUGACAAAGCAGACGACCGUACAAGCUACAGGGGUUGCUUCCAGUUUGGUCGAGAUUAUACAAGGCUCUGGCUUCAAGUUGCAAACUUUGAAUUUAAGUUUUGAGGAUGAAGAAGAUAUUGAGUAGAUCUUUUUAUGUCGGACAUUAUCGAUGAUCGAGGGAAACACUGUAGAAAUAUAGAAGUUGAUAAAAAUGUCUCCUGAUUUGCUUAGCUUUUCUAUUGAGGCUUCGGCUAGUUUUUUGUUGAAUUAAUCGGUGUAUGGGAAGAGAACUGGAAGUUUCAAUUUGAAUUAACUUGUUCCUGAAUAGCAAGAUGUUGUUUUGCUAAGUAAUGACAAAACGUCUUUCAAGUA